CCCAGCUUCAUACUGGAAGAGAAUAACGACGAACCCCAGCCAGGAAGACCUCUCUGCCUAACCGGCUAGCGUCCCGACCAUCGCGAUUCUGCAUAUGUCUGGGAAGCAGGAUGUUCAAUGUACCUGCGAUUAUCUGCGUCACUGACCCCACUACUAGUAUCACCCUUAUCUCUGACCACCGGCGAGCAUCCAUCGAGAGCAGAACCGCGAACCAGUCACAUGGAUUCGGUGUGACCAGGAUAAGAGAUGCGUUGAUUAGGAAGCGAUAUCCCGAUCAGCAACUGCGACGCUGGAAAAAGUUUAUGUAUCCGACUGUUCCCAGCCGCGAUAAAGAGAUCCCACGUUCGUACAGUCUAUAGCAUCUAGCACGAGUUGCGGAUUUGUAUAUUCCAUCUUCGACUCGGCUAAAUCCCGGUCGGAAGCAGUUCGAAGCUCGUUAUGGACGAUGCCACGAAAGACAACAAGAUCUCGCCAAUAUCCCAACCGGCGGGAUCAAUUCGAGAUGGAUCUGUCGAGGGAGGAAGCACGAAGAGCCAUAACUACGACGAUGACGUAGUCCAGGUCAUUGAUAAAGCCGCCGAACGACGGCUUUGCAAGAAGUUGGACUUUCGUAUCUUGCCUGUCCUGGCUGUGAUGUACCUGUUCAACGCGCUCGAUAAGGGAAACCUAGGCAAUGCCGAGACGGAGGGCCUGAGCACCGAUCUCAACUUCAAGGAUGGACAAUACAACCUCAUCGUCAGCAUCUUCUUCGUGCCUUUUGUGGCGGCGGCGCCCUUCGUGGCCCUCAUCGGCAAGAAGUUCGGACCAGCGAUCGUGCUCCCCAUCCUCAUGUUCGGCUUCGGCACCAUGACCAUGCUCAUGGCCGCGGCCCAGAACUUUGGUGGCGUCUUUGCCCUGCGGUGGUUCUUGGGCAUGGCGGAGUCGGCGUUUUUCCCGCUCGUCAUCUACUACCUGACCACCUUUUACCGCCGCGGUGAGCUGGCACGCCGCCUGGCCAUCUUCUACGCAGCGUCAAAUAUUGCCAACGCCUUCUCGGGCCUGUUGGCGUUUGCGGUGUUCCAUAUCACCAAUACCAGCAUACGUCCUUGGCGUUGGCUUUUUAUCAUAGAAGCGACUGCUACUGUUCUCUUUGCUGUAUUUGCAUUCUGGUAUCUCCCUAGGAGUGCUGCCGAGGCAAAGUUUCUCACGGCUGAAGAGAAAGAGUUGGCCCUCCAUCGCAUCCGAGUUGAUAGUUCCUCCGUGGUCGGAGAGAAGAUGAAGAUUCGAGAGGCGGCCAAGGUUUUCAAGCAUCCGACGACGUACGGCUUUCUGGCUAUUGAGAUAUGUCUGGGAGUCCCCCUCCAGAGCGUCGGCCUCUUCAUGCCUCAAAUCGUUCAGCGCCUGGGAUACAGCACUAUCAAGACAAACCUCUACACCGUGGCCCCCAAUGUCAGCGGCGCUGUAAUGCUUCUCAUCCUCGCCUUUCUUUCCGACUGGCGCCGGCUCCGGUUCCCAUUCAUUGCGCUCGGCUUCAUGCUGAGCUUCACCGGAUUCAUCAUUUACGCAGCCAUCGAUGACGUCGAGAAGCAGAUCAACCUUGCGUACUAUGCAUGCUUCAUGAUGACCUGGGGCACGUCCGCGCCGAGCGUGCUCUUGUCGACGUGGUAUAAUAACAACGUCGUGAACGAAAACCAACGUGUGCUUCUGACAUCGAUCGGUGUCCCACUGGCGAAUAUCAUGGGACUCGUCAGCAGCAACAUCUUCCGUAAACCAGAUGCCCCAAAGUACGCACCUGCUCUUAUCACGACGGCUGCCUUUGGGGUAGUCGGCGCCCUGUGUGCACUCUGCUUGGGGUUCUUUAUGGUUUGGGAUAAUAGAAGAAGGAACCGUGCACAGGGCGUAAACCUUACUGCCAGCCAAGUGUCGACCUCUAAGUUGGGUGAUGGCCCGAAGAGUCCCGAAUUCCGUUGGUUCCUUUAAUCCCUUUAAGCUUCUUCAAGUCGUAACGAUAUUAUGUGUAAUGGAAAACACCUUCUUGAGACUUUGAAACCAAGUGUGCCAUCAGAAGCGAGAAGCAGUGUGGGAUCACCAGGAAGGGAAGGAAGGCCAAGCCUUCAACUUGCUCAGCUUUGACAUGAAUGUAUGUAUUCUGAUGGGUUAAUUGAGACCCGAAAGCAAGACCGCUGUAACCCGAUGUUGGUUUGAUUUCUCAUGGCCAUUAUACGCAGGAAUAUAUCGAAGUAUGCA